UGAGAAAGGGGGUGAAGCAACAGUAAACACAUUAGAAGUUCACGUGUUACAGACUGACGUGAAGUCACGCAAGGAAAAACCCGAUACAUUGUAACAAUACUCGAUACACAUGGCAGGCCAGCAAAUCGAGAACGCCCAAAAUAUGACGACUUCAUCUCCAAUGCAACCUCUCAUGGUGGCUACUGGCCGACCGCGAGUUGCUAAUUUUGCUGCCAACACCGUGAAAGGUUUAAGCGUUUGUCAGAUCGUCAUUGGAGCAUUUCUGGUUAUACUCGGCAUAGCGUCUUGUAUUAUUCCCUGUGCAGUGCGUCACAUAGGGACGCCGAUAUGGUGCGGACUGUAUAUUCACGUCACUGGAUUUAUUGGACUUCUAGCAUCAAACAAAGAGACAAAGGGAACAAUUAUAGCGUCUAUGGUAUGUUCUAUAAUAGCUGCAGUGCUUGCUGGUACUGUAUUACUCGUAAUAUCUGUCUUGAUUAUACUUGUCGAGGAAGACUGGGAAUAUGGCGAUAUUGAAUUGCGGUAUUUUGUUGAUUCAAUGAUCAUCAUAUUCGCUGUUGCUGAGGUAGUUAUAGCUAUUCUCAGCUCUGUGUUUUGCUGUCGUGCGUUUUGUUGUGGCCAACCACCCCAACAACAAUCAAUGUACUAUAUCCCUGGCAAACCAAGUACAACUGAACCCCAGGUGAUCAUGGCUACAGGUAACCACACGGCAACUGUGGUUAACAUGCCUCCGGGAUUUCAAAUUGUUAAUCAGACUCAAGGUACAUAUAUUCUACAACCUCUUCAACAGUCAUAUCAACAGAAUACUGGUUAUUAUAUUCCAUCUCCAUCAGGAAACCAAUGUCAGCCACAAGGUCAACCAGGAGAAAAUCCAAUAUAA